UGUCUCAAUCUGGCGCAUUGACUCUCUAUGGCUGUAAAUACAGCUGAAUGUCACGCUAUGUUUGAAGCUAUAGAAGAUCAGCCACAUAUUCACAAUCGGUUCCAACAGAUAGUUUCUGAACGCGGCUGUGAGAUGGCUAAGGUGCGCAGACAGUGUAUAGGUAAUGAUCAAGAUGGAACAUUUGUGAUAUCGGAAUGAGGAUCUAUUGCUGAUCACAGAAAAAAAAAAAGGUAAGGCUUGUAUUGUUGAUGUAUUUAUACAAAGGUUAUGUACAAUUUAAUUUGAUAAACUGAUCAACUGGGAUUAAAACUAACUUUGACAAGCGAACAAGUGGGUUCAAUCAAGAGAGACGGAUUAGGAAUAUCUAUGUUAGGCGUGUCUAGAUGCCAGGAAUAAAAUCUGUAGAAGUAAUGCCAGCUCCACAGCUCUUCUUAGAAAGAACUAGUUGUGCCUAUUCUUCUCACUGUGAUCGUUCUUUUGGAACUUUUUACAGUUUUACAGCAGCUUCUGCUACAGCAGAAGCAUUUGGCAACAUGGUCAGAAAUCAAGGGGGAGAAGUGAUAUUACAACACUGGUUGACACUGUUGUCGGGGCUGGUGGAGAGUUUGUUCUUCACAGGGAUUGCCUAUGGCUGGGCAUCUCUUGUGUUUGUGCUGAAAGCUGACGGAUACUUCGCUGCAUACUGCACCAAUGCCACCAGAAAUGAAGAUUAUGCUGUGUAUACAGAUUGUAGUGGUCAGGACGAGCACUUCUCUCAGGUCUUGUCAGUCGCUUCUAUUGCCACCACAAUACUGCGCUUCCCCAUUGGAUAUGUUUUUGACCGCUGUGGAACCGCAGUUACAAGGAUAGUGGCAAUAUCAUUGUACACCACUGGCACACUGCUUAUCACACUGUCAAAUGCAGAUACGUCUGUGUUACUCUACCCAGCUUUGUCAAGUUUAAUAAUUGCUGGAAUGAUGCUCUACAUCACCAAUGUUCAGGUGGGGAACCUGUUUCAUUCCUAUCGCUCCACCACCAUCACCAUAUACAAUGGAGCAUUUGAAUCCUCUGCUGCAGUUUGUCUCAUUAUAAAGUUGCUAUAUGAAAGAGGAGUUUCCCUGCACACAUCUUUUCUCUUCCUCACCUUGUGUAACAUUAUCCACUGCGUCCGCACCAUCUUCCUGAUGCCCAGACGACAUAUUCCCUACCCACUACCAGAGACAUUCACUUACGGGGUAAGCUGUACUGUACAAAAACGAAAAAGAAGACGGGAGGAGAACGACACAGUGCAAACAUUUAAGGAAGGAGAUGCGGAGAAGACUGAAAAGGACGAGAAAGCCACUUUCAGGAGCUGUGUGUUUUCAUGGCUCUUCUUCUGUCACCUGGUGUGGGUGGUCACCAUCAUCCUCAGUCAGUUCAUCUUCUUAGCCAACGUCAACCCCAUGCUCAGCCGGCUGGCUGAUGAGGACCAAACCGUUGUAAGUCACUACACCAACGCAUUUGCCAUCACCCAGCUGUGCGGGGUGUUGUUUGCUCCGCUCAGCGGCCUCCUCAUGGACAGACACAAGCACAGACCUCUGGCUCCAGGCGAAACAAGUCGAGAGGCAGAUCUGCGUUCUGCUCCUCUCGCCCUCUUCCUCAGCUGCCUGCUGUGUUUCUUCUUCUGUGUGUGUUUCACCUGUCCUGUCCUCCCUCUGCAGUAUGUCACCUUCAUCCUGCAGGUCUUCAGCAGUUCCUUCUUCUACGGACUCCACCAAGCCUUCAUCAGCAUUGCCUUCCCUGCGUCUCACUUUGGGAAGAUGUCCGGAAUGGCAAUGUCUUUAUCGGCCUUGGUGCUGCUUCUCCAGUUUCCUUUGUUACACCUCAUCCAAAAUCAGCUGCGUGGUGACCCGCUGUAUGUAAAUAUCGGCAUAACCGUGGUGUCCCUGCUCGCCUUUAUUCACCCAGUGCAGGUUAGCCUCUACUGCAGAGAGCUGGCCAAGCAGAGGCAGAUUUCACAACUUACUCAACUUACAUCUCUCAGAUCCUCUGACCAUGAGGCUGUCCCUUUGUCGAGUCUGAGGGGUAAGGACGAAGCUGGAACAUCUAACCAUUUACAAUUAGGUGUUUGCCUAACAUAGAUAUAUUUAAGAGUAAACUGAAAACCAACACGUUUUCUUAAGCCUUUGAGUCUCCUGAAUUUUUCAGCCUUUUAUUUGUAUGUUGUUUAAUUCUUGUGCAUCUUUUUACACAUUUCAUCUUAUUUUUGUAAAAACAGCCUGGUCAACUCAGUUUAUCAAAUGUGUUCAUUAUCAAAUGAUUUAAUUGAGUCAUGUGUCAGUAUUUAAGCAUUGAAGAUCAUAAUUGAUCUUUUCUAGAUGCAAGGUCCACGUACUUGUGCUCUUUUAACUCGUAAGUUUGAUUUUAAAUGGACAUUUGAUGCAAUAAAAUAAGGUGAAACAUUAUAGGAUUAUGAUGUUAAGCCCCUGCAAAUUACAUCGUUGGCAAAAGACGGCAAUCUGCCUUACCGAUAUAUGUUGGAUUCAUUCCUUGAUAGUGGGAGGGAGUGGAGACGUAUUGUUCAUUCUUACAUUCAGUCGAUGUUAAAGCUGCACAAUGGGAUUUGUGGGGCAGAGCAACUGCAAACAACCAUGAGAAAGAAGUUGUCACUUUCACAGCAAUAAAGUUGACUUGACAAGCUGACAAAUUGUGGUUAGCAAAAUACUGACGUCCAACAUGGGAACAAAAGCACCUCAACUAAAACAAACCCUUGAUUGGUACUUGAUCACAAAAACGUAAAAGAUUUGAAAGAGAAAACCGACAAAGCUCCUGUUGAAGGGAUAUAUUUGCCAGUAAUGUUUCAAGCACCAAGGCUCUUCCUCAGGCUUCUGAUAUAAAAUCACCAUUUUAAAUGCACUCAAACCUUUCUGAAGGCAUCCAAAGACGUAUCCGCAUUGCAGAAUAUAUACUUAUCAUAAGAGAUAUUGUAUUAAAUAGACAUUAAAAAAAUGGCAUCCAAAAUACAAAAAUAUACGUAUAAAAUUCAUGCUGGUAUUCAACAACAGGGUCAGGCUAAGCAGCUGUAAUGAAAAUUAACGAUACGAGGCGUCUAUGGGGCCAUAAUCAUAGCAAUUCUUAUACGUAUUUGCAGAAACACGUUCCUUCCUUAAUUAAGGCAAAAUCCAAAUAGGAAAAAGAUAGAAAGUAAAGUGGAAAACACACAGGGAGCAACACUUCAAAAUAAAACCGCAAACUGAAGCACAGGGAAGACACAAAUCCAAACACAAGGAGAACAAUGGUAAAGGUAAAAUAAACAAGAAGCCCAUAAUCAAAACAAAACACUCUUCAUUCAAGAGGAAAACUCCAGGAAAUUAGUCCAGAAUAGAAAGGCAAAUAGCACAGUGUAUUAAAAUACAGCUACCGGUUAAAAACAAAGAAGAUAAAUAGAAACAUAUAGGCAUCUGUGUGUUAAGACCCCGUGAUUUAAGACAUUUUCCCUUGUGCUUCCUGCUUAUGUUUUUUAUGCCAUGUGCUUGUUGUGUUUAUGUUGUCAGGACAUGUGUGUUUUGUUAUUCUCCUGAGACACCGCCCUCAACUGCUUCCCGCUCUUUUUCUCCCUCACCUGUUCCCUAUCGUCACCCUGAGUGUUUGCCUGAUUUGUUCACCUGUGUCUUGUCUUUGUUAGCCCUUCUAUUUAAGCCCAAUCUUUCUGUUGUCCCCUGUCGGAUUGUAUCAUUUUCACUGCGAAGAAUCCAUGCAAAGGAUACUGCAACUUUUUGAGCUUUAUUAUCUGUAUGAUAUUUGACUCUCUGGUUUUGGAGCCUCUUUGUUUUUCCCUUUUUGGAACUCUGUUUUGGCAAAUUAUUGAAUUGGAUUUUCUGUUUUUUGCUCUUGUAAGUUUUUGCCUUUUCUGGAUCCUUGGUUUUCCUUCUUUUGAAAUAAAGAAGUAUUUUUUUGCAUCCUGA